UCUCCAUGUUGCACAUGCUGAGUUCUGAGAGUCCUGAUAUGCUUGUCGCUUUCACAUAACCCUACACAAGCAAGGCCUACAAAAAAAUAAAAAAUAAAAAAUAAAAAAAAUAAAAGAACCUUAUCCGAGGACAAAUAUGUGUUGCACAUGGUUUUGGACACAGGAGCUUAUCAAGAGACAUUGAGCUAAUUCAACCAAGAAAAACAAGUGAACCGCUAAAUUUUCCAUGGCAGGCUUAAGCUGCCAAUUUUAUUGUGCCAUCCAUCAAAUUCCUCACAAAGCAAAGGUCAGAUCGUCUAUCUCUUGUUCCAUGCAGCCUUCUCAAAGCAAUAUCAAAGUUAUCAUAACUGGAGCAGCAAAGGAAAUAGGAAGGGCUGCCGUUGUUGCUGUGACAAGAGCAAGAGGAAUGGAGGUAGCUGGUGCAGUGGAUUCCCAUUUUGUAGGGGAAGAUAUUGGAAAGGUCUCCCUCGGUUUUUCUUCACUCCUGCUUAAAUCGCACAAAUAUCUACAUGCAAAAUUUUAAAAUUAUGAUCUCAUUCUUGGUAGUAGGUCUGUGAUAUGGAGGAACCACUGGAAAUACCCAUUCUAAAUGAUCUCACAAUGGUGUUAGGUUCAAUAUCUCAGUCAAAAGCAACAGGAGUUGUCGUUGAUUUUACAGACCCAUCUACUGUUUAUGAGAAUGUGAAACAGGCAGUAGCAUUUGGAAUGAGAAGUGUCGUUUAUGUGCCUCGAAUCAAACUUGACACAGUAUCAGCGUUAUCUGCAUUCUGUGAUAAAGCCAGCAUGGGUUGCCUAGUUGCUCCAACUCUGUCAAUAGGAUCUAUAUUGCUCCAGCAAGCCGCCAUUACGGCUUCCUUCCACUACAACAAUGUAGAAAUAGUGGAAUCCAGAGCAAGUGCAACAGACCUUCCCUCACAAGAUGCAAUCCAAAUUGCCAACAACCUCUCAAACCUUGGCCAAAUCUACAACAGAGAAGAUAUUUCAACGGAUGUUCUGGUAAGUAUCAAUAUAUUUUGGAAGUUCCUUCCAUUUCUGUCUUUCCAGUUGGUGGCUGCAGGAGAAUGGAAACAAAUAACAUUAGUGUUUAUGCUCAAAGCAACAAAGUAAAGAAAAUGUUGAGAAAAAAGCAGGGGAAAUGUCAUCAUAAUGAUUAUUCAAGUACAUACUGCUUAUACACCAUAAAUUAAGUAGAGAGAGUUUCAUUGUUGUGAAAUGCUAUCAAUAGAAGGAUCCUAGAGAAGCCCAUAUAACAUUUAACUAUCAAUCGCCUAUUAGGAUUCAAGCAUGAUAUGAUGGCUCAUUAUUAAUUCAUCUUUUUCUCCUUGCAAGGCAAGGGGUCAAGUCCUAGGUGAUGAUGGAGUUCGUGUUCACAGCUUGGUCCUUCCUGGGCUUCCAUCCAAUACAACAGUUUACUUCUCUGGCCCCGGAGAGGCAUGUUCUCUGAAGUAUUCUAUCUUCUUUGUUAAAAGAUUAGAAAGUAUUUCUUGAGUACUUUACCUUUAUUACCACUCUGAUCCAAAAGCCCUGCAACACUGGCUGCAGGUUUAUACAAUCAAACAUGACAUAACAGAUGUGCGGUGCCUCAUGCCAGGCUUAAUCUUGGCUAUCAGAAAGGUUGUAAGACUAAAGGUAAGUCAUCAAACAAUAAUUCAUCUCUCACCUCAAGCAUUCUGCCUCAUCUGAUCACGAAGUAAAACUAUAGUCAUUAACCUGAUCACUUCUACAGAAUCUGGUGUAUGGCUUGGAGAAAUUUUUGUAGGAUCCGAUUAUACUUCAAUCACCUUGGCAUGCAGCUUUAACCUUCAUAUAGAGUUGAUGCAAGAACGAUGUCAUCCUGCAAGAUUAUAUUUUAUAGAGGAAUCAAUAUUAUCUGGCAGAGGUAUUUUGCAAAAGAGGCUUCAGUCAAAAUGGGGGAAAAAUUAAAUCUUCUCAGCAUUUUCCUUUCUAUCAGAUUUUAAAUUGCUCAAAUUGAUGCACCUUUAAGACAAUUUGGUAUUUUGAGUGAGGUACUGACUGAACAACGGUACUAUAUAUGCUUCUUCAAAGGCCCUCGCUUAUCAUUUUGUUUUACA